ACGUCACUGCGCCAGAGACAGCGAGGGGCGGGGCCGGGGCUGCGUGGACCGUGAGGGUUGCUGUGUUUGUGUAAACCGAGGUCUGCGCCACCGGACCCGACAUGAGCCACCCGGAGCGGGACGAGGAGACCCCAAGCCGGCGCCCGCCGCUCGGCGAGGAGAAAGCAGUGAUCGUGGGCAGCGCGGCGCCUCGGGGUGUCGCGGGCCUGGACCCCCAGAUGCUGGGGGCCGCGGCGGCGGCGUUCACGGCAUCGGCAUCGCAGGGAGCGGAGGAGGCCCCGGAGACUCGGGGAGCGGAGGAGGCUCCGGAGACUCGGGGAGCGGAGGAGGCCCCGGAGACUCGGGGAGCGGAGGAGGCCCCGGAGACUCGGGGAGCGGAGGAGGCCCCGGAGACUCGGGGAGCGGAGGAGGCCCCGGAGACUCGGGGAGCGGAGGAGGCCCCGGAGACUCGGGGAGCGGAGGAGGCCCCGGAGACUCGGGGAGAGGAGGAGGCCCCGGAGACUCGGGAAGCGGAGGAGGCCCCGGAGACUCGGGGAGCGGAGGAGGCCAUGGAGGUGGUGCAGGUGCAGAAGGCCGCGGGUGAAGAAGCGGAGAUGCUGGAGGCGAGCGGAGGAGCGAGCGGGGCGCAGGAGGAGGCAGGGCUCUGGCAUCUGGGCAUAGAUCUUCGCACCAACCCGCUGGAGGCCAUCCAGCUGGAGCUGGACACUGUGAAUGCUCAGGCCGACAGGGCCUUCCAACAUCUGGAGCAGAAGUUUGGGCGAAUGCGGCGACACUACCUGGAACGGAGGAACUACAUCAUUCAGAACAUCCCCGGGUUCUGGAUGACUGCCUUCCGGAACCACCCUCAGUUGUCCGCCAUGGUUAGGGGUCGAGAUGCAGACAUGUUAAGGUACGUGACCAAUCUGGAGGUGAAAGAACUGAGACACCCUAAGACUGGCUGCAAGUUCAAGUUCUUUUUUCGAAGAAACCCCUACUUCAGAAACAAGCUGAUUGUCAAGGAAUAUGAAGUGAGACCAUCUGGUCGAGUGGUGUCUCUUUCCACUCCAAUCGUAUGGCGGAGGGGGCAUGAGCCCCAGUCCUUCAUUCGCAGAAACCAAGACCUCAUCUGCAGCUUCUUCACCUGGUUCUCGGACCACAGCGUUCCAGAGUCCGACAGAAUCGCUGAGAUUAUCAAAGAGGACCUGUGGCCAAACCCGCUGCAGUACUACCUGUGUCGUGAAGGAAUCCGUAGACCCCGACGUCGCCCGAUAAGGGAGCCAGUGGAGAUUCCCAGGCCUUUUGGCUUCCAGUCAGGUUAAUCUUUGCGUUUGAAAAUGCGGCUGGAGCAAAUGCAACGGGUACGCAGCAUUUUGCUUUCUUUCCUCCUGACUUUUCUGCACCUUCUGUCUGGAUGGUCUCUCCACCUUGAGAUUAUGACUGUGGACACGCUUCUGCUUUCUCAUGGCCCUCAUGCUGUUCUGAAUUAGAAUCCGCUGGUUCAUGGCAAUGGCUUGUACCCUUUCUAAGCUUAACAAUGAGACUGUGUAUUACACUGCCUUUACACAGUUUGAACCCUGUUGUUUUCAGUGUUACAGUUUACUGCCACCUAGAUGUCUUGCUUUAUCGCUUUAUCCGGGGCCCUUCUAUUUAUCUGUUCAGCGUGUGGCAAUGUGGGCACGAAGUUUUCGGACAGUUGCUGGGCCUAAAGGUUGUUGCAGGAGUGGGCCACCUUCUUUUUGGCCUUUUUGGCACCUCUCUAGGCUAUCCCACACUCCGUUGUGUUUGCCACUGCUCCUCAUCCUCACUCUCCCACCUUUCUCCUGUUAUUUAACGUUGUUCAGAAACGUCUGUAAGAUCAGGAGUUGUGGUUGAUUUAUACUUAGCAUUUCCUGAGAGGAUGCUCUGUAAAAGAGGAAACAACUCUGCCUUGUCUCCUCUCACCACUCCCCAGCCUGAUUAGCAAGCCCUAAAAAGCUUCUAGGGAGAAACUAGAUGGGAACAGCUGAGCUCUUCCUAAUACUGUGUGGGAGAACUAAAGAGGUUUUGAUGGGUAUUCUAAGCAGGGAUAGUGAGCUGAAAAGGCUUAGAAUCAAAAUAAGUCAGAGGAUGAAGACAGGACACAGAUUUCACAUCUUGGUCCAUCUGGUGAUGGGAAGAGAAAUAACUUCUCAGGUAAAAUACUUUCUCUGAGUGUUGAAUGUUGCCAAUAGUGCAAGUUGGGGUAUUUUCCUCUCUAUAUGAGAUCUGAUAAAAGUGAAAGUGUAAUAUUGGGCCCAUAUUUUACCAAUAUUUAGUAAAAUACUACUUGUUUCUACUUACUGGAAAAAUUUAAACACUUUUGCUUGCAUUCAUUUGGAACCAUUUGGAAUAUUGUAAAACAGUAGUCUUUUUGUUUUGUUUUUUUGAGACAGGGUUUCUCUGUGUAGCUCUGGCUGUCCUGGAACUCACUCUGUAGACCAGGCUAGCCUUGAAUUCAGAAAUCUGCCUGCUUCUGCCUCCCAAGUGCUGGGAUUAAAGGCGUGCACCACCACCGCCCUGCUAACAGUAGUCUUUACAAUACUGAGACGUGAGUAUUUGUACAGUUUUCCAUAUUAAUCCAAAUUCUUAGAAACAGUUUGGAUAAUUUAGUCUUUAUCAAAUGUGUCAAAUUAUUGUUUUCAUGUAAAAGUAAAUAUGUGACUUGAUUGUCUUGAUAUAGUUUUAAAAGUACUUUGUCAGAUUAGCACUGUACUAUGAGUGAGUAUUUUCGUUGCCAUUUUUAUGCAUGAUAGUAAAUAAAGGCAUGGCACCUGU